AAUAAAUAAAUAAAAUAAAUAAAAUAAAUAAAAUAAAUAAAUAAAAUAAAUAAAAAAAAAUAAAAUAAAUAUGGGGGCCUUCUUGAACCCGUUGUAUAUACGGCCCUGAGUGAAAAAGGUGGUGGCAAUUCCUGACAGAGGGAGUCUAGGGUAUAUAAACGGGAGCAGUAGCCUGGCAUUUCACUUCUUGAACCACUGGACGACAAGCAGAAAGAUGGAGCAACCGGAGGAGAAUCUAAGUCAAGCGGAAACAGUCAUUAUUAUUUCAGACGACGACGAGAAAGAGACUCAUGAACCCAUCUUCAUCGAUUUAUCGAAUGUCAUAGAAGAUAAUGCCCAGUUUUAUGGUUUAGCUCUCGAUGAGUUUCCGAUUAAUGAUGCCGCCGUUGAUGAUGACGUAGUGGAGCCUGUCAAUGUCGUCUGGGUUCGAAAUGCUUCAACGCAGACGUCACAGGAGGAUUUUUUAGAAUUAAAUAAUACCGGAGAAGAUAUAAAUGAAAUGUUAUUACAUGUUGGAGUUACUCUAGAACAAUUCCAAAACAUGGAAGUUGAAAAUCCUGUUGCGUUUGAAACAAUACAAGGAGAAGUGCCUUCUCCAACACCACCGACAACACCAGACGCAGCAGUUUCUGAUGAUGAACCAUCAUGUCAUCGAUGUUUAAGGAGAAUGAUUCGUUUUGACCCUUGUAGACGAUGUUUAUCAAGUAUUCAACAGGACUUAUGCAGACGAUGCCAGAGAAGAGUCACUUGUCAUCAUCAUCGACCUGAUAGACAUUACUACCACCAUCAUCGUUUACAUAAUUAAUAACCUAAAAAACACUGCAUUAACAAACGAUUACUUACACAUUCACAAAACAAAAUUUUGUGAUUAAAAAGAAAAUUUUAAUAAAAGAUGUAAAAUUUGCAAUAUAUUUCUUUCUAUUAAUUUCACAAAAUUUAAAAAAAAUAAUUAAAGUAAAAUAAUAGUAUGGAAAAAUCUCUGGCGCUACUCUAAAUCUAAUAUGUCACUGGUCUAUUUAUCAUGAUGAUCGUCCCUAGUUUUUAAUUCUUUUCUAGUUUGUCUCCACGGUGGUGAUGCUAUUCCUUUGUUUCCCUCGCGAUUUUUGACGCUAAUAUUGAAUUUUAUUAAUUUACUUUAUAUCCAAUGCGGAAAAUGCUUUAGACGUAAAUUUUGCAGUCGACAUUGUUCGACAAGGAGAAAUCGUCACCAAUAUGACGAAGUUGAGACAGACGAUUGUCAAAAUUGUCAAAAACGUAGGUUAUGCCAUCGACCAAGACGUCAAGAUGAUCCUGACUACCAUCACCUAGACACCAUCACUUAGACAUUUUCAUUCGAGGAACCAUCGCUAGCAUUCUUAUACCAGAGAAUAAAAGCAACGAAAAACAAAAAAAAAUAUCACAUACUUUGUAACAGUUUAUAUCACUUUGUAACGUUUUUUCAAUUAUUAAAAUACACUUAUAAAGAAAUAUUUUAAAAAUCUUUCAGAAAUAUACUUAAUACUGCAACGAACAUAGAAAUAAUAUUUUUAAAACAUAAAUAAAAACCCAAACUAAAUUCACUGGCAUACAAUUUCGUUCAUUGGUCUCCUCAUGCUGAUAGUCGACUCGCAUUCUCAACUUUGCUUCACCUUCUCUCCACAGCGGCGCCAUUGUACCUUUUAGCUGUGACUGUACCCAAAUACAUUUAAGGCCAACGCACAAUAGGUUCGCGAACGAGAUGCAUGAGAUAGAAAAGGAUACGAAUAUAUCUCUGUCCUUUUUUUUUAACUCACGUGUCACGUUCGCGAAGCUAUUGUGCUUAGGCCUUUAUUCGUGGACAAGUUUAAGCGCAUUGGUCACGUUCGCGAAGCUAUUGUGCUUAGGCCUUUAUUCGUGGACAAGUUUAAGCGCAUUGGUGUUGUACUAUUGGAAAUAACCAAUAAGGUUAUGGAUGCAACUUUACACUUAUCUUACUUUGGAAACACGCUCUUGAUUAGUUUAAAGUAUGAAAUGACUAGGAAAGUGACUGUCUCUUGAAGGAAAUUCGUUUUUUUUUUGUUUUUUUAUAUUAUUGAAAAGUAACCAUGGAAGAAGACCAAAAAAUCAACGAACCUGAGUAUGCUGUUACUUAUCGAACGGAGGUAAUAAAAAGCAUUUUUCUCACUGAUCCACGAAAGAUGAAACGGGCACCAAUUGAUUUAAAAGUGCUACACUAUCAUAUACUGCCAAUCGACGAAAAAACAGCAGAAAUGUAUGAAAAAAUAGAUGACCAGGUAAGAUUAAUAACUUUUAAAGGAAUGUGAUAAAAAACUUUAUGUUUAACAUGAUCAGCAUGUGAUUUAUACAAGCUCGUCUCUUUCUUAAACUGAAAAGCCAUGUCCAACAUGGUGGUUAUUCCAAAAUAUAAAAUCAGUAUAAAUAAGAGUAAAUAAAACUUAAUCUUUUAUAUCAAACAGAUCCGUAAGAAAGAAAAAAUUAGAGAAGAAAUCAGACAAAUGGAGAUUUCUCUCUUGAAAAUUCGUCAAAAAGAAAGUCUGCUCGAAGAAAUGGGUGAACAGUUGCAACAAAAUUGUAAUACUCCACAAAUCAACAAAAGAUUAGCAGAUACAUACGAAAAAAUAGAUGACGAGAUUUGUAAACAACUGGAAAUUAAAUCAGAAAUUAGACAAAUGGAAAUUGCUUUAACAAAAAUUCGACAAAAAGAAAGUUUGCUCGAAGAAAUAGGUAAACAGUUGCGACAAAAUCAUAGUGUUCCGCAAAUCAACAAAAUACUACCAGACAAGUAUGAAAAAAUAGAU